AUGCGGCGCCUGAAAGUAAGCGGGCAUUUGACUAGCGGGACCGCCUUCAUUGAGCUCUCUGAUGUCAAAGUCCCCGUUUCCAAUCUCAUCGGUCAAGAAGGCCAAGGCAUGAAAUACAUCAUGACGAAUUUCAACCACGAGCGCUUGACGAUCGCUAUUGGCGUUACGAGACAGGCAAGGGUGGCACUGAGUGCGGCUUUUGAAUAUUGUCUACAGAGGAAAGCAUUUGGGAAGGUCCUGAUGGAGCAGGCUGUUGUAAGGUAUAGACUUGCGAAAGCCGGGGCGCUAUUGGAGAGUCAAUGGGCCUGGGUGGAGCAAUUCGUCUAUCAGAUGACGAAAAUGAAAAAGGAGGAAGCGGACGUGGAAUUAGGCGGGCUGACGGCCAUGGCAAAAGCACAGGCUGGGAUUGUGCUGGAUGAAUGUGCGAGAUGUGCCGUCAUACUAUUUGGAGGCAAUGGGUUUACCACGACAGGAAGGGGCGAGAUUGCGGAGAGAAUAUACCGCGAUGUGCCCGGUGCGCGUAUUCCAGGUGGUUCAGAGGAUGUGAUGUUGGAUCUGGCAGUACGACAGCUGGUUAAUGAACUACACCAACCAGACCAAGCUCAUGGAGCGACCGGGAGAUCAUCGAAACUUUGA